AUGUUCUUCUCACAACCUCCCCAUUUGGCUAAGGCCGAGGAGCUCAAGCGAGCACCUCCCAAAGGUGUAGCUUACUCUGUCGCCAUUCCCGGCACUGAACAGCCCGGUCGAAGUCGGGUAUACCGAGCAUGGAAUGCGCAGAAGGAACUUUUGACGACACUGGACCCCCAGAUCACCACGGCCCAUGAUAUGUUCGAGUCGACCGCCAACCGCCAGCCCAAGAGCCACUGCCUCGGUUGGCGUCCGUAUAACUCCACGACGAAGUCCUUCGAUCAAUACCAGUGGCUCACUUAUGAGACUGUGCAAAAGAGACGCGCUGCGUUCGGUGCUGGUCUCGUAGAGCUGCACCACAAGCACGAGUGUCAUCGCUCCGGCCAGUAUGGUGUCGGUCUCUGGUCCCAGAACCGGCCAGAAUGGCAGAUCACUGAUCUGGCUUGCAUUUCCCAAUCCCUUUACUCCGUUUCAAUCUACGAUGUCCUGUCCCCGGACGCUACCGAAUAUAUUAUCAACCACGCCGAGCUAAGCUGUGUUGUCACAUCUCUACCGCAUAUCCCGACUCUGCUCAAGCUUAAGCCCUCUCUCCCAAACCUGAAGAUUAUCAUCAGUUUGGACCCGCUGGAUGGAGGUGAGCAAGACGGUCACUCUAAGCGUGCCCUUCUUGAGUCCAUGGCCGCCGGUAUGGGUCUGGCGAUUUACACUAUCGACCAGGUUGAGGAGCUGGGUUUGGCCUCGAAGCGCGGAUAUAAUGCUCCUUCUGCUUCGGAUAUUGUCACUAUCAACUACACCUCCGGCACGACCGGCCGAGGUGAUACGGCGGUCUCUUAUCUGCCGCUGGCCCAUAUCUAUGCCCGUCUUGCAGAGCACUGUGCUUUCUGGGGUGGUGCACGGAUUGGUUAUUUCCACGGAAACAUCGUGGAGUUGGUCGACGACUUGAAGUUGCUGAAGCCCACUGGUUUCAUGUCUGUUCCUCGUCUUUACAGUCGAUUCGGUAGCGCAAUUCGUUCCGCAACGGUCGAACAGGCCGGCUUCAAGGGCGCUCUUUCGCGACACAUCAUUGCGGCUAAAACCGCAAACAUGAAGAAUCCCGAUCCCUCCAAAGCGACAGUCAAACACGCUGUGUACGAUCGCAUCUGGGCUAAGAAGGUGACUGCCGCUCUUGGUCUGGAGCGAACCAAACAUAUGGUGUCUGGCUCGGCGCCCUUGGACCCCACCCUGCACGACUUCCUGCGUGUCGCCACCGGCAUGGACGUCCUUCAGGGUUACGGCUUGACCGAGUCCUACGCCCAAGCCACCGCCCAGCCGACCUACGACCUGACCUCUGGCAAUUGCGGUAGCCUCGCACCCGCCACCGAGGCAUGCUUAGCCUCCCUGCCAGACAUGGAGUACUCCGUAGACGACAAGCCGUAUCCCCGUGGUGAGCUCAUGCUGCGCGGAAACAACUUGUUCCGCGAGUACUACAAGAACGAGGAGGAGACCCGCAGUGCCAUCACCGAGGACGGCUGGUUCCGUACUGGCGAUGUCUGCACAAUCGACGCACAGGGCCGCUUCAUCAUCAUCGACCGCCGCAAGAACGUGCUCAAGCUCGCCCAGGGCGAGUACAUCUCCCCCGAGCGUCUGGAGGGCGUCGUCCUUGCCGAGCUCGGCUACGUCGCCCAGGCUUAUGUCCACGGCGAUAGCAUGCAGACCUUCUUGGUUGGCAUUUUCGGUGUCGCGCCUGACCUCUUCGCUCCGUUUGCCAGCAAAGUCCUGGGCAAGACCAUUGCCCCUACGGACUUGGAAGCGGUCAGGGAAUCUUUGAAUGAUGACAGGCUCCGUCGUGCUGUCCUCCGUGAUCUCGAGCGCAUGGCUAAGAAGCACAAGUUUGCUGGAUAUGAGAGAAUCCGCAACGUCUCUCUCAAAGUGGAGCCGUUCACCGUUGAGAACAACUUGCUGACCCCGACUCUCAAACUCAAGCGUCCCCCCGCCGUCAAGCUAUACCGUCCCCUUUUGGAUCAGCUCUAUGAGCAGGCCAUCGAGGAGCAGUCUGCUCCCAAGGCUAAGCUGUAG